GCUGGGCGAACGUUUGGGCUCCUGCCUGUCCCUCCUGGGUGCGGGCAGAUUCUUUCGGUUUAGCAACAAUUGCCCCGCAGCGAAAUCCCCCCCGCUCACAACGCAGCGGCGCGGGAACCAGCAGCCACGCGCCCCGCGCGACGGGAGGCAGGUCGAAGGGGCGAGGCGGCGGCGGCGGUGCCCCGCUCUUGCCAGGCGGCUGGAGGAUGGGAGCAAGGAGCCGCGCCGAGCCAAGGGGUGGCACCAGCCCCAGCACGCCGGGAGCUGCCUGGGCCGCCGCUUGAUUUCUUUGGCAGGGAGAGGGAGGAGGAGGCAGCGGCAGCUUCUCGCUCUCCGGAUUCAGCGCCCGAUCUGCCGCCGCCCUGAGCGUGAGGAGGAGCCAAGCAGCGGCUGGCAUGGAGCGGAAGAGCCCCGCUGCUGCGGGGAAGCAGAACCCGGGCAGCCGGGCAGCCGGGGACGGGCACUGCGCCCAGGGCAGCGGCGGGCCAGCGGCGGGCGCCCAGCAUCGGGGCAGCGGCUGCGGCCAGCUCUCUGUUCCAGCCACCGCUUCUCCGGCUGCGGAGCCCGAGCAGCUCAUCCGGCGAGCGCUGGAUUUCAAAAGCCAAGGAGCUCAGUGCUACAAGGAGAAGAAGUGCCGGGAAGCCAUCGGCAAGUAUCACAGGGCGCUGCUGGAGCUGAAGGGGCUAUUGCUGGCCCAGGAAGACUCAGAGGACGCCGGCUCGACCGCCGCCUCCGCCGGGGCUACCGGCCUGGGCAGGCUCUCGGACGAGCAGAGGCAGCUGCUAGACAGCAUCGAAAUCGACUGUUACAACAGCCUGGCAGCCUGCCUACUUCAAGCUGAGCUGGUGAAUUAUGAACGGGUCAAAGAAUAUUGCCUGAAAGUACUGAAGAAAGAAGGAGAGAACUUCAAGGCACUCUACCGGUCAGGAGUAGCAUUCUAUCACCUUGGAGACUACAACAAGGCCCUUUACUACUUGAAAGAAGCAAGGUCUCGACAGCCAACAGAUACCAAUGUUGUACGGUACAUCCAGCUGACAGAAAUGAAGCUUAGCAGAUGUUCCCAGAGGGAAAAAGAAACGUUGUAAGAAGAAACCCAGUUCUGCGGGCCUGAAUGGACACGCCCUCCCAGAAAUGAUCACCGGGUGAAUUGUCCUCCCCAUUGGCUUCACAGUAGUUUGACAGGUUUUCUCUCCUUCCCAGCCUCCGUUACGUUUGAUCUAAGAACAGAUCCUGGAUCUAGCUUUGGCUAUUUGCUGGCAUAGUGAUAACAUUCUAGUCCUCUAGCACAAUUGCUCCGGGAAUUUGGAUGAAGAGAGCAAUAGAGAAGGAUUCACUUUGCCUUGUGCUUAUAUUCUGCUACUUUUGUCACAUCAGCCUUCCAGAGGCCCUCCUUCUUUUUCUCUUCAAAUGUGAAGACAAUUGCUAAUGAAGGAAGAAAUACUAAUGAGACUCCCUUGUAGUCCAUUUUACCUAAAUCCAGAACAGAAUGUUCAACAAAGUUUAGAGUUUGGGCAUGGGAUAGAAUCUAAAUCAGAAUGUGAAGAGAUGCUGUACUAUUGGGGGAAGAAAACUGGAACAAUUACUUAAUAUCAAAAAUACAUUGUUUAACAGGCAACAAUCCUACAUAUUAUUUCUUAGAAGGCAUGGCUGGGCCCUAAUACAUAAAGGGAAAGCAUGAUUUUAUAAUUAGUUUCAGAUUAUAGAAAAUUGAAGCACUGAAUUAUGGGCUUGCCACCAUCUUGAUAUACACCUUAACUUUUCUGUGCCUCAGUUUUUCCAUCUGUAUAGUGGGGACAAAACUGUCUCCCUACCUCACAGGGGGUGUUGUGAGGAUUUGUUAACUAAUAUUUGUACAGUGCUAAAUAAUAUUACUGGUACACUGGACUAAGCUUGCAAUCCUUACAUCUUGUCUUAGUACUUUCCUGCUUCUAUUCAUUCAUUGCUAUUAACUCAAGGUUGCACAGAGAUCAGGCUAUAAUCCUGAAAAUCAAGGCAUUCGUUGGUUCAUCCAAUAGAGACAAAGCAGGUAGCAAUGUCCAAACAUCCUUCAAAAGCCAGGGAGGAUUUUAGGGCAUGAUCUGUUCAAAUGCCAGAAACCCAUUUUUAGUAGAUGAAGCUUCUAAACUGCCUCUUAAGCCCAGAAUAUCUCAUUUCACAAAUUUGUUACUGAAUUACAGGUUCUUUUAAUCCCACACAAUAAAAUUUAGAUGGAAGUUGAGGAGUGCCAUAUUAUUCUCCAGUGGGUGAUUAUCCUUCAAUUGUAUUGCAAUUGCAUGAUUUAGGCAUUCGAAUCACAUUCAGAAAUUUAUUUUCAUUUCAAAGAGUUUCCAAGUGAGUCAAUGGGUGAAUGCAACUGAAAAAAAGUCUAAAAUAAUUUUCUCCCAUUACUGAGGGGAGAAAAUCCAAACCCUCCAUUUUGUAGGUCACGCCUUUCUAAUCUUCUCUUUGGGUGACCUCUUUUUUGGAGGCUGCUAGGAUGCCUCCUGUUCCAUAUUAGCAGUGUGAUCUCAGGCAGGUCUUGAUCACCCUCUUGCUCCUGGAAGUUCAUUUGUGGUAAGUGAAGGAUUUUAUUUUUAUUAGAAUGAAAUUCCAUAGAACUUAUAUUAAUUUCCAGACUCAAUGAGUCAUUAGGCACUUGGUUGCAUUUUCUUUAUGCAGAAAUCCUUUUCCAGGAUUUCUGGAAAAGCAAAUCCAGGGAUUUUUUUUUAGGGCAAGUCUUAUCAAAACUAAGGAAAAUAAAUAAUUUUAUCUAUACAUUAGAGGAUGUAGGCUUAUAACUAUCAAGUCUCUCCUGACCUAGAGUUAGCCCAUGAUUUUCUCAUAUAUGUUGUGUUUCUGACUAAUAUGAAUUUGGAAAAUGUACCUUAAAAGAAAAUUAAACCAUAAUGCUUUCCAGUGAUUUCCUCAAAUAUUGUAAAUAUGUCUUCAAGUAAAAUUCCAAACUGGGACUUGGACUUCAGAUUCUCUAAUCCUAAUUCUCUAGCUGCUAAGGAUGAUGUGAAUGGUUCAGCAUAUCUAGAAGGCACCAAAAUGCUGCAACUGACAUGCUAGAAUCAUCUAGCCAAAGUUUUAAAAUGUUAUGAAUCAUCUGAAUCAGAGCUAUUAAGGGCCUUCUUUACCCUGCCACUGCAACCCUUGCCCUCAAACUCAAGGCCCAGGAAAAGAGCCACAGCUUUGUGAAUUGCACAGUAAAAUCUCCCAAAGCGG